CCACAAGGGGAAGGAUGCGGAGGAGAGCACUGCAGCCGCACGCCCUCGCUGCUCGCCCGCCCUCGGCUCCCAUGGACUCCGCGGCGGCGGCCUCCGCCGUCGCCGUCAGCUUCCCUGCUCGCUUCGCUCCCGCCGCUGCUUUCCUCCAGAUCCGCAGCAGUUCCGGGGCAUCCGCGCUGGGGGCGCCUUGGGUCUCCUCCUGCUUUCCCGGGGCGGCGGGCGGCGGGGCGGAGGGCGCCCGGCCCAGUCUCGUGGGCAGCGGCAGCGCCUUGUGCUGCACCCCGCACGGGCCCUCCGGACGGACGGUGUUGCUGCAGCCCGCCCUGGAAAGUGCAGGCCGACCCUCGGCAAAGCGAAGACUGGAACUGGGAGGAAGCGGACAGCAGUUUCUGGCUGAAGGACUAAGAACGCCGAAGGGGAAAGGGAGAGCUGCAACUAGAAGUCCAGAUAGUCCCAAAACUCCUAAAUCCCCUUCAGAAAAGACGCGAUACGAUACAUCGCUGGGUCUUCUCACCAAGAAGUUCGUUCAGCUUCUGAGCCAGUCCCCAGACGGUGUCGUAGAUUUGAACAAAGCAGCAGAAGUCCUUAAGGUACAAAAAAGGAGGAUUUAUGACAUCACCAAUGUCCUGGAAGGCAUUCACCUCAUUAAAAAAAAAUCCAAGAACAACAUUCAGUGGAUGGGCUGCAGUCUAUCGGACUUUGGGGGCAUGUUGGCACACUGUCAAGGCUUGUCCAAGGAGGUGGCAGAACUCAACCAGGAAGAGCAAAAGUUGGACGAGUUGAUAAAAAACUGCUCUCUUGACCUAAAGCUACUAAGAGAAGAUUCUGAGAAUCGGAGAUUAGCUUAUGUUAAAUAUGAAGACAUUCAGGAAAUAAGUAGCCUUAAAGACCAAACUGUCAUACUUGUGAAAGCUCCUCCAGAAACAAAACUUGAAGUGCCUGACCCAAUAGAGAAUAAGCUGAUACACUUAUCUAGUACCCAGGGGCCUAUUGAAGUUUACUUGUGUCCAGAAGAAACAGAUUACCACAGUCCAAUGAAAAUGCAAGAUCAGGAUCAUAAUGGAAAUAUAUCAAGGAAUGUUUCCAAAGAUUUGAUUUCUGAUAACUCGGGAAGUCUUGACUGUUCAGUAACUACAGCAACCAUCUCCCCACUGGCCUCUCCAACCAACCUUCUGCAGCAGACAGAGGACCAAAUUGCAUCAGGUUUGGAAGGGCCAUUUGUAAGCUUGCUGCCGCCUCUACUUCAUGAAGACUAUUUGAUCAGUCUUGGCGAAGAGGAGGGUAUCAGUGACCUCUUUGAUUCUUAUGAUUUUGAAAAAUUGCCAGCAUUGGUAGAUGAAUUUUUAUGCAGCUGAUUAUCCCUUGUGUCUCUUUUCCCCCCCCCCCUCUCUCUGCACCCCCCACAUAUUUUUAAAAUGAAACCAGAGUACCUGCUGUCAUUCCAUGUUCUCUGUUCUCUUACCUCUUAAUCCUUGUCCCUUUUCAAUAUCAUAAUUUGGAAUGCUUGAUAUUUGGGGAAAAAUAAUUCUAGAAUAGUGCAAACACAGAACUGCAGACUUUCUCAUCAGAGUUACCUCAAUCCCACGUUCUGGUAGCUACUGGUUUUAGCAAAGUAUAGAAGGAUGAAAUCUGAAAUGGAGGAAUGAUUAUACUUUCUUGUGUCUACAAGCUUUGUGAAGGGCUGAAGAACAGUUUUAGUCACACAUAGCAAUUAUUCCUUUAUAUUUCAAACUGUGCCUUCCGUAGAGUGUGUGUCUUGAGUCUUUGAUUUGUAUGUUCCGUCAUAGUAAUUGCAAAAAAAGUGCAAAAUACACAAAGAUGUGAGAUGGACUUCUUCCAAAGCUUUUGUGGAAUGUUUGAAAUCUUCUCCAUGUCUCUAUCUUGGAGGAGUUUUUAUAUAAAAAUGUAUUGCAGUUCUAAAUAAAACAAACUAAUGGUGGCCCAAGUCCAACACAGCAUACCUGGGACAGCCAGGAUCACACCCCUAACUAACCUUUUGAAAACUGAAGUUCUGUAGACCAGCUGUUUAACAGAGAGAGGAGGAGAGUGGACAGGGUAAAUACAAUCCAGCUCCUUAGUCUCCCUCCUGGACAGUCAGUCGAUGGGAUUUCACUACCCCCAAAGAGCUACAAGCGCACAUCCCCAUGUGUUGGACAAGGCUGGGAAUUGUACACAUUUUUGUGAAGUUGUCCACCCACUUUUUUGAAUACUUGUGUGGAAAUCUGCUUCCACGUGCCUGUAACCUUUAGCUGGAUCAGGGUGACCACUUUGCCAUAGGAACUAGAAAUUUAAAAAUUCUAUAUGUGAGGAAGUCACUUGUUAAAUAUAAAAUAAAAACACACAUGUUAAGUUUCAUGGUCCGCAGUGUGCAAUAGAACUGGUACGUAAACAUUUUGUGGUACGAAGUGGGGCUUUGUGUUAAGUGCCUACUAGAGUUGCACUGUGGGCUUCUUCCUGUAAGGGAUACUAUUUAUGCCAAGCUUCACUUAUUCAGAACACUGUGUUUAUUUUAGUGGAUUAGUUGCCUCUGCUUCCAAUUUUGGGAGCUGAUACAAAGCUGACAUUUCACCCAAAGUGUAAAUAACAUACCUGUCAGUACUCUCUGUAGUGAAUUUUAAUUUAUAACACUUUGCUGGUUUAGGGUAUGUGUUCUGAAACUAAUACCAUUCAUACAUCUUACACACAGUUGUGUAAAAUGUUGCCACUUUAGAUGAAUUAGCAGUUUGUAUUUUUUCUAUCUGAUGAUUAAUAAAUUAGUAGAAUGUUUGUUUUAAAUAUAUAUGUGCGGAUUUUCUGGUACCACUGAUAUGCUGCUAUAAACACUCACAAUUUAAAUGGCUGAGUAACAGUAUGAAAGCUGUAUGAGUGAGCCUUGGAAUAUAAUUGUGUGAAAAAGGCAACACAUUAAGAACUGUUAAACAGUGUUAAGUGUGUUUGUGUACAAACAUGUGCAUAGUUAUUCCAUUGAUUAUUUAAGUUGUAUGUUCUUAAACUUUAGUCAUCUAACAGUUUUGUACAAUAGGAAUGAAUUUGUAAAACCUGCCAAGAAUAUUUUAUAGCUGGUUUGUAAUUUCUUGAAAAAUCUUACUGUGGGUCUGUAAAUAAAAUAGAGUAUUUAAAGUUUGUCUUGUGGAGAAAAAGUAAAAGCGCUGUGAGCAUGAACACUUUGGUGGUAUGAAGGGGAUCUCUGUGGGUAGAAUGAAAAAAGGGGGACUCUAAUGUUGUAUGCUGUUUUGUACAAUUUACAUACUUCCCCAAUGUGUGAGCAAAAUACUAACCUUAAUAUACCUUUGAAUAGUAUGCUAGUUCUACAAAUCUGUAAAAUAAUGUAAAAACAAAACAACCAAACAGCUUUGCAUUUAUAAAGAUAACCUGUUCUAGCUGUGAUAUUGACUCUUCAAAUGUAUGUACCUGACAGAUUUUUUUAUGGUAAUCAAUAAAGCUUUAUAUCGGUAUAUAAA